AUGAGAAGAUUACUUCUUUCGAUAGCCGUUUCAGCGCUACUCAACGAUGCGAUUGGCUGGAUUUCUCAGCCUGACACUUUUCACAGAAGACGAUCAAGCCUUUCCUUUCAGUCUCCUAUGGCGCCCAUGGAUUUUAUUGACGUGGAAGUCACUGGUCAUGCCAAAGAGUCGUCCAAUAAUACCAAGCGUGAAAGCCCUAUUAAGGAGGAAGACAAGGCGAGAACAAAAGAGAUUCUAAUGCCUUCAAUUUCAGCUGCCAUGACAAAAGGAAAAAUCGUAGAAUGGCUGGUCAGAACUGGCGAUACUAUACGAAAGGGAGAUCCAAUCAUGGUUAUUGAAAGCGAAAAGGAAUCUCAGGGGGCAAGGGGAUACAGAACGAAUCAAGAUGUUCAUGCUAAUGUUGAUGGUGUCUUGGCUGCAAUCUAUCAACAACCGGGACAAGCAUUGGAUGUUGGUGCCGUCUUGGGGAUUAUUGUUCCAGACUAUAUCAUUGAUGUUGAGGUUGAAGGUCAACCAACAACGCAAGCAAACGAAGGAACUGCUAAAGAUGAACCAACAGUGACCACGAAUACAGUGAAUGUAUCUGGAGGAUCGACAGUGGGAACUACUGCUGAAUCCCCUUCAUCAUCUGCUUCUUCGUCGUCUACCAACGCCAAUGCCAACACAAAGGCCAAUACUUCGUCAAGGCCUUCAAUGAUGGAUGAAAUAAUGCCAAAUACUCAAAAUAUGAAAUCAACUGUUCCUCCCGGUGCUUCGGAUUGGGUUCAUCAGCAUCAUGCCACCACGGAUGGUAUGGUCAACGACAGCUCGUUCUACUCAUCCCAUCAGACCCAAUCUUCCUCUGGUGGUUCUGCUGGUGGAGGUCCGCGAAAGGGAAGGUUUGACGUUGGUAUCGACAAUAUGGAUCCUUUCUACAGUCCUUAUGGCGAAGGCGGUGGUGGCGGUGGUGGUGGACCCGGACACAUGCCUCGAUCACAACCACCACCACAAUCGUACACAGCACAAACACAACCUGGACCAUCCAUGAAACCCAAUGGAGCAAAUGAUAACUUCUACGAAGCCUACCAAGGCAAGCGGUCUGACGAUCCUUACGUGCAACAAGCGAAGCAAUGGACACAAUCGACCGGCGGUGUCGGCAAUUCCAACAUGGGUGACUACUACAAAGCCCAACAAACUGGACAAGCCGCUCCAUUUAAUCCGACCGUAUCAACAGGGCCAGAUCCCAAUGGGUACACGGGUUAUGAUAUUCCAAGAUCCCCAACGACUGUUGUCAAUCCAGAUCCACAAGGAGUUUUCGUCAAUGGUGUCAAUUCAGACCCACAAGACGUUUUUGUCAGGGGUGUCUCUCCGCCCGAGGUGGAUCCCCAAGAUGGUUACAGCAGUGCUUUUGUGAAUCCGAGCACUACCACCACCAGUAGUAGCCCCAACACUACUCCAAAUGUGGCGCAAACAACGCCAUCUGUGGAAACUAGCAAUAGUACUAGUACUAGUACUAGUACUACUUCCGCCAGCACACCGGCAUACGCAUCAGCAGUUCCUCCAUCUGUCGAAACCCCAGCAGCCACAGUCCCACCAUCAGUCGAAAACCCAGCAGCCGUAGCUCCUCCACCUGUUGAGACUCCAGCCGCCGUGGUUCCUCCAGCUGUCGAAAUUCCAAGGGCUUCUGCCUUUGAUCAAAGCCAAGUCAAUGCCAUGGAAUCACGGAUUGCCAAUUUGGAAGAAUCUCUCCGAACCAAUGGCCAAGACUCGUUCCAGAUGACAAUCCAAGCGGAACUGGACAGUCUGAAAACGGAGCUUUCUGGGGUCAAGACAAAUUACGAUGACAAGGUCAAGGCGCUGGAAGAAUCAUACCAAACGAGCCUUUCGCAAGUUGGUCGAGAGUUUACCAACAGUAUGGAAGAGCUUCGGGAUUGGGAUACUUUGACAGUGACUUGGGAUAUCAAGGAUUUUGAAAAGACGUUGCAGAAUGAUCUGACUACCUACACUUCGGAAGAAUUCAAUGUGGCGGGAUACUCCAUGACUUUGGAAAUGCAAAUAUUUGGUACCAACGAUGAAGGGAAUCGAGAUGUUGGCUUCUACAUUAUGCACACGGGCGGAUUGAAUUAUGUUCCAAUUAUGAUUGGUGGAAGUAAGAUUGUCAUUCAAUCGAUUACUGGCAACGAUGACGCCGUCAAGGUAUUUGUGGACGAUGCAUCCAUUGAAGAUUCUCAUUAUGGUUGGGGAUGGAAGAAGUUCUUUUCACUGCAAGAUCUGAAGAAAUCCUUUGUCAACUCCAAGGGGGAGAUUCAAGUGAUUGCAAAUGUUCGCAUCAAGCGAGUCAAAAACUGUCACAUCAACACUGCCAUAUAA